GCUGAGAAAGAAGUGGAGACACUGAAGAGGAAACUGGAGACUGAGUUGGAGAAAAACAAAGCUGCUGCUUCCACUUCUAUCUGGCCUUUCAGGCAUCCAGAGAUCUACAACGAUCCGAUGGAAGUGGAGGAGACCAAAGAAGAGAAGAAGAACGAUGAGAACAGCAGCAGCUCAGACAGUCAGGAGACGUCAGGAGACAUCGAUGUGUACUUUGAUCCUGACUGUGACUUUAUCAGGCUGAAAAACGAGACUGAUCAGGACAAGCCACUGGGAGGACGUCAGUUAAAAGUCCAGAUCAACAAUAGGGAACCCAUCACAUACACAUUUAAACCAUCAGUAGAACUCAAGGCUGGAAAGUCUGUUACUUUAUACCGUCCAGGCUAUGAUGAAGGUUUUGCUUUACGCGGUGACCUGGUGUGGAAGGACCUGAAGUCCUGGAGGCCUGGAGACAGAAUCCAGGUCUCUCUGCAGUGAAAUAGUUCCCAGUUGAACUCCUUCAAUAAAGUUCAGUAAUCCAGCAAACAGCAACAUUAUAGAUGAGAAACAGCACGACUCAGAUCUUCCUGCAGAAACCACACACUG